AUGCUAACUCUUUCUCAACGGUUCCUUAGAAGCGUUGUUGGGGAAUUGGAAGUUUGUAGAAAUUCGCAAAAUGCAUAUGAAAGAUAUUGCUUUAAUUGAUGACCCACCUCUGGUAUCAAGUGGAUAAUUCAGUAUUGUUUCUUCUUGUGAUGUUGAGGAGCUGCUAGAAAUUUGUACCGUUUAGAUUUUUUGAAUUUUUAUGUUACCCAUUUAAACAGCCUUGCAAACAAAGUUUGUGAAAGGAUCGCCGAGACUGAAGAGGUUACUAAUAGUAAUAUCAAAAAUGCAGAAGAAAACUUAAACAAGACAAUGACGGAUCUGGCCAAUAUAAAAUUGCAAAACUGGUAG